AAAAGCAGAGUGACAGAGAUCUUCCCUCUACUGGUUCACUCCCCAAAUACCUGCAACAGCCAGGGCUAGGCUUGACAAAAGCCAGGAGCCAAGAAUUCCAUUCCAUUCAGGUCUCCCAUGUGGAUGACAUGAACUUAAGCACUGGGGCCAUCAUCAUUACCUGCCAGGCACAUUAGCAGGAAGCUGGGUCAGAAGUGUGGAGCAGCCAGAACUCAAACCAGGUACUCUUAAGAUGGGAUGCAGGUGUCCAAAACAGUAACUUCACUCACUGUUCCAUGCCCCCUACCCUGAGGCAUGUAUUUCUAAGGCACAGAGUAAGAGAAAACUUCAAGGAAGGAGGGCAUUCUAGAUGCUCUUCAGCUUACGAUGGGGUUGUGUUUUGACAAACUCAUUGUAAGUUGAAAAUAUCAUAAGCUGAAAAUGCAUUUAAUAUACCUAACCUACCAAAGAACAUAGCUUAGCAACAGAGUCCAUUGUAGAGUAUUUACUGUUACCCAUGUGAUGGUAGGGCUGACUGGGACCUGCAGCUGCUGCUACUGCCCAGCAUCACAAAAGAAAAUCAUGCCACACACUGCUAACCUGAGAAAAGCUCACAACUCAUCAAAGUAUGUUUUCUCCUGAAUGUGUAUCACUUUUACACCAUUGUGAAGUCAUAAAAUCUUAAGUCCAGCUACUGUUAACUCAGUGAUUGUCUGUACCUAGUAUUUCUUGUUAAAGUGUCACUCUGUGUUGAACUGAUCACUAGAAAAAACUUCAUUUGCCGUUAAAAUUCACUAAAGGCCCUCAAGACAGCAGAAGAAGGAAGCAGAGGAAUUUGCCCGGAAUAUGGCCAUCCAGCAAGAGCUGGAAAAGGAGAGACAGAGGGUAGCACAACAGAAGCAGCAACAACUGGAACAGGAACAGUUCCAUGCCUUUGAGGAGAUGAUCCGGAACCAGGAGCUGGAAAAAGAACGACUGAAAAUCGUACAGGAGUUUGGGAAGGUGGAUCCUGGCUUAGGGGGUCCGCUGGUGCCUGACUUGGAAGGGCCUCCUGUACCUGUGUUCCCCACCUCACCUGUCUCACCCACGCCGCCGCCUUCAGACUGUAACACUGCUGUAAGGCCAACUAAGCCACCUGUGGUGGACCGGUCCUUGAAGCCUGGAGCACUGAGCAACUCAGAAAGUAUUCCUACAAUUGAUGGAUUACGCCAUGUGGUGGUGCCCGGGAGGCUAUGCCCACAGUUCCUCCAGUUAGCCAGUGCCAACACUGCCCGGGGAGUAGAGACAUGUGGAAUUCUCUGUGGAAAACUGAUGAGGAAUGAAUUUACCAUCACCCAUGUUCUCAUCCCCAAGCAAAGUGCUGGGUCUGAUUACUGCAAUACAGAGAACGAAGAAGAACUGUUCCUCAUCCAGGAUCAGCAGGGUCUCAUCACACUGGGCUGGAUCCACACGCAUCCCACCCAGACUGCCUUUCUCUCCAGUGUUGACUUGCACACGCACUGCUCCUACCAGAUGAUGUUGCCGGAGUCCAUUGCCAUCGUUUGCUCUCCCAAGUUCCAGGAAACUGGAUUUUUUAAACUGACCGACCAUGGGCUAGAAGAGAUCUCUUCCUGUCGCCAGAAGGGAUUUCAUCCGCACAGCAAGGAUCCACCUUUGUUCUGUAGCUGCAGCCACGUGACUGUUGUGGACAGAGCGGUGACCAUCACAGACCUCCGAUGAGAGUGUGACUCAGGAUCCUCCAAGAACUAUGAGCCCGCAUCAGUGGACUGUAGCCCGCGACUUGAAGCUUUCCAGAGAGCUUUGGAAGCUUUUUUAGAUGGACUAGGAAGGGGCAUCACCCAGGGGAGAACUGAUUUUCUGUUUCUGGUUUGAAAAGAAAUAAUUGAGUAUCUUUUUUAGGCAAGUCUGAAAAAGAGCAUGAUCACACUAAAGUACUGUAACCCAAAAAUUAUGUGGAAAGAAAGGUGUAACAGAUACCCAUAUACCUUCCUUCUAGAUUCACCACUUGUUAAUAUUCUUUUCCUCUCAACGAUCCUUCUAAUUUAUCUGCCAACUUAUUUGUUAUUUACCUUUGGACUAAAUAAGGGCAUCUAUGCAGAAAUUUGGAAGCCAUUUAGGAAAAAUCUUUAGAAUUUUCCUGUGCUUUCUGGCCAUAUUAAUGAAGCUUACUGUAAGCUCUCCCAUCCGUGCAGAUGGCAAAACUUAGAAACCCUGAAGGACGAUUGUUUUCAGGAAUCACUGUUAUGUAACAAACAUUUCAGGAUAUUUUUUCCUCUACAAUAAAAUAACAUUUAACUUGU